UUACAGUAAUGUUGCAUUAAAGGAAGUUGUAUUUUGUUUGCUUUAUCGGCUAUUCAGCGCUCGAGCUAUAAAUUUAAUUUGGUAUUAUUACAACUGAGAUUUUAGUAAUGACAUGUGAAAGUCUGAAAUGAGUGAAACCCGAAAAGUAAUGUUUAUGAUUAUUGUGGAAUUUUAAAGAGUUUUACUUAAACGGAAAAUACGAAAUAUUCAUUCGGAAAAAAGGAGCCAGAUUUACUGAUUGGUUUAACGUAGUUUGGAUUGUGCAUAUAUGAAGGACAUUAAAUUUAAGUUGCUGUCAAAGAAUUAACAACAACAUGUGUGAUUGAUAAAGUAUGAAAGAUGAACGAUUUCUGAACUUGGAAAAAAAAGUAAAUUUAGCGCGAUCAGUCAGUUUUAUUGGGCACGUUUUGUUUUCUAGUUCUACAACACAGUGAAUGCACAGCCUUUUUGCUUUGAUAUGUGAUUGUAACAUUACACGGACACCACAAGAGUCAAUGAAGUUAUCAUACAUUUUAGAUCGCGACAAAAUAUUUCGUCUGUCUGAACUGUGCUUUGUAGACCGCAGAGAUUUGUUUGUCGUUCAUUUACAACAUGGGGCUAUAGUAACUUGCCAAGUUAGAUAUUCAUAGUGUUUUUAAGAAACUUUUAAAUGUUUGCAAUAUUUUAAGAGCUGGAUGCGUAUCUUGAUAAUGAGAAGAAAUCCGAUAUUCUUAAGGGUUUCUCGGUAUAGGACUCUCGUAAGCUGUUAUUGGUGAUCAGGAAAAGAUUUCACGUGAAAGAUAUUUUAAAAGGAAAACAAACAUAUCAUUUAAUGGAACAAAUUUCUCGUUAAAUUUCGUGAUAUUUAAACGACAUCCUCUACUGUUUUUUUUCCAGAUGUAAAUAUAUGAAGUCUGCAUUUAAAAACACGUUAAUAUAGUCAAGUUAUGAGUAGACAAACGUCAUACAUGCAGAAGUCUCCUGAAAGUACGGAGCAGAAUAGAUCGUUCCAUUCAUAAUUUCAUACUGACAUCGUUUGCCAUAUCGGUUCUUUUGAAGUUAAUGCAUUUUAAUUUCAUAGAAUUGAAUACAAUGCAGGAAGUACCCAGUCAGUGGAGCAGUCUGGCUGAUUACAACAGGUGGUUGCUGAAGACGAGUUGAAAUAAGAACAAAAUGUCAUUUUGGGAUUUUAUCUGACCGACUGCCUAAAGCAAUUGACUGCUUAUUACAGGUGGCGGCUAAGACAGGUUUAAGUUAAUAAAUGAUGCGGGUAAAAACAAAAACGAACCGAAUAGAGACAGUUUAUUUUCAAUAUUUACCAGCGAUCAUCACAUCCGACAAAUUUGUCAUGAAUGAUAGAUGAAGGUGUUCAUAUCCAUAUUAUUUUUGUUCGUCCUUGGUAUGGAAAUUUUAUGCGCAAUACUGAUAUUGUCAAGCAUGAACGUCAGGUUUUAAAAGAUAAACGCCUAAAUUAUUAUCCAGAAGUAUAUAAAAGUAGCAUUCUGUUUUUCUCUCGCAUGAAUGAACUUUGCAAAUCGCAUGGCUCACCUUGUCAAAAUUUUAUUCGAAAUACUUUUUUGGCGGGUGUGUACGCUACUAACAUGCACACAUCCUCAAAGUAAGUGAUCUUAUUCUUAAAGCAACUUGUGUCAUUUAACUCUCCAAAGACGCCUCAUAGAAACUGAUACGUUGAUUUUCGUGCAAAAUACAAUACACAGGUGUGUUGCAAUAUACCAUAUAUGAACUAUUUAGCCAUUACCAUAAUUAUUGGAAAAUGUGUUUUUUGUUUAGAUAAUCGUAAAUAACCCGAGGCUCGACUUAGUAGGGCUAAACUUACACGCGAUAGAAGUUUUAAAUUUUCUCGAAAUAACAGACUUUGUACAACUUCCUUAAUGCAGUGUAAUAGUAUAACUUGUUUGUUGUGCCUACAAAGGACUACUUUAUGAAAGAUGUUGUGAAAUAAGCGUUAACAAUUAUUCACAUAAUUAUUUAGUUUUACCUUAAUCAGGCGUGCUUUUGAGGAAUGUCGAGCUUUUGAGUGAGCUGGAUCGUCAAGUUUUAAGUGUAUUGCGCGACACUGAAAAAAUCUGGUAUUGUGGAAGUGCAUGAAUUAUGAAACGUGUUUGGUGUACGCAGAAGUAACAGAAGGAGAUUUGUAGAAUCAGUUCUUGACUGAACAAUGAAACUGGUAUGAUGUGAAUGGUGAACUGUUCUUUACGUGUAAAAUAGAGAUUACAGUCAUGUGCAGUUUUACAAAAUAACGCAUGUUGCAUUUUCUUAAAUUACACCACAUUAUAUUAAAAAUAUGAAGAGCAACAAAUUAUGAAAAUAAAAAAGAAAAUAGUUGUUAUGUAACGCAAAAUAUUCUUUACUUAGUAUUUCCACGAACUGAGAGAAGUAUUAAUAAAUCGUACGAAGGAUAUUUUGUUUUAUUAAGAGACUAAAAAGAAUAUGGAACACUUAGAAACAAUGUAUUACAAAAAAGACUCACAAAAGUCAAAUUUGAAAAAGAAACAAACUAAGAGGAAGAAACUUGUAGGCAGUAGGCCCGAAAACUUCGAAAUUGUUAUUGAAAAUGCGGAAACGUCAGAAGUUAAAUAUUUCAAUUUUGACAAACACGAGACUGUUAGAAAUCGUAAUUUGAAUGAGAGAAAGAAAAACGUGUAUUUUGGAGACGAUGUGUUUCUUGGUAAAGUAUUUGAUGAAGGUCGCGUAAAUGAGCAAGAUUGUGACACUAAAUGGUACGACGAAGAAAGUGAAAUGAAUUUAAAUGUGGAUGAUUUCAACAAAAAUGUUGAAAACCCGCAUAAUUUCAGUAAUAUUAUUCACAAUAGUAGAAUUAAUGGAGUAGAACAUUGUUUCGAUAAUAAUGGAAAUGAGAUAACAAACGUUAAGACUGAGUUAAGUGAGCUCGAUCAAGAAGAUACGGUCAUGUUCGGUGGCAACAUGUGGGAAUAUAAUGAAAAAACAAAUGAUCACAGCAAAACAAAACUGACGGAUUUAGAAAAGACAGAAUCUGCGCUCUGGAACAUUGCUGCAGGGUAUGAUUUUGACGCACCCAUUGAUGGUAAGUUGAAAUUUGAACCUGUGUCCCCGCCACAUGUUCAAGAUGAUAGUUCGAUAUCGUUUGAUAUCAGUAACAUCAAAAUUAAAGAAGAGUCGGUUCGUAGUAUAAAAGAAGAAGAAGAUAUAUAUGACAGAAGAAUUUUCGUAAAUAUCAACUGUGAGCCACUUCACAGUGACGACCUUGUGCACGCUGUUGAUAACGCAGCAGAGAAAUUUAAGCCAUGCUCAUUCGGGAUUGUUAAUGAUCAUAGUCUGAAAGAUAUUUAUACAUUUGAAAAUAAUGAUGUAAAUUCCAGUGUCUCACAGUUGCCUUCAUCAUGCAAAAAAUUACUUAGUUGGGGUCAAAAUGUGGAAGAGACUGCAUUUGAAAAAUCAGAUAGAAACAACUUUAAAGCUCAAAGCGCAGAACAUUUAACAGAAAAGAGAAACAUGCCAUGCAGUGUUGACACAUCAUCGGGAUUACGGCAUGAUAUUCUGUUUCCAAAUUUAGCAUCAGCAAUUCGAAAAAAUACGGACAAAAGUCAAAUGGAUAAAAAACCUACACAUACAUCGUACAAUGUUCAGAUGUUAACACCGGAACAUGAUGUUGUUAAUAGGUCAGAUCGGACAGAUAAAGAGGAAGACGCUGCUGAGACAAAAACUUCUGAUGGCAAAGAUACUUUUAAAAGUAAAGAGCAUUGUGUUUGGCGAAAAAUAAACGAAUGUCCCGUCUUUACUGACGACGAAAGAAAAGCGGUUACUAAAGUUAAGUUUACUCUUAAAAAGAAACAUUCAGUAUAUUCAAAAUAUAAUGCUUUAAGUAAUAUCGAUCCGAAUUCAGAAGGUGAUAAGUGCAGUUCAGAAAAGUUUUUCACACGUGAAGGUAAAGAUGAUAAUGACAAACAGGAAUUAUCAAUAGCAUCUGUCCACCAAUUAUCAGCACCACACACAGGUGCAAAUAAGGAGACAAGAAUCGAGGAAAACAACACCAAGUCAGACUUUACACAAAAGGAUAAAAGGCGAUCAUGGCAGUUAUGCUAUGAAAAAUUUGCACUAGAAAGAAGCAGAGAAAUGUCAGACGACUUAAGCAUCGGGAAUUUAGUAAAUGAGCAUGGACGGAAUUUAGUAAAUAGUAAGUUAGAUAAUGCAGACCACAAUGACCUUGAUUAUAAUUAUGUUAUGCUGGACGGAAUUAUGUCGUUGUCUUUAAACGGAAGUGGUGAAUUAGAUAGAAACGCCGCGAAUUCUCAGGAAAACGAUGCGUUUACUAAUAAUAUAAGUAUUUCAAAAGGCUUAAAGUCACAUUCUCAGGCUGAUAAAAUCGAAGCUUCUAUGAAAGCUGGUAGUCUACACACGUACACGGGUAACAUUGAGAAUUUACACACCAGAAUAGACGACAACUUAGAAAUUGGAUGGGAAAUAAAAACAGAAGUAGCAAGAAAAGUUAGCGAUGACACUGAUGAUGAUAUAGUUAAACACAAUAAUUAUGAUAUUAAGAAAGAACGUACUGAAGUGAAAAAAGAAAACUUUAAUUCUGAUACACAAGGAUGCUUCCUCGAUAAAAGCAACAAAGUUGUUAAUGUCGACGAAUCAUUUAUUUCAGGAUUCAAAGAUAAUGUUUGUUUAAAAGAAGAAACACUGGCAUGUAUUAAGACUGAAGAUACAAAAACAGCGGCUAAACCGGCUAAACGAGCUGAGGAAUUGUUUGAAGAUAAUAAGAAAGUAUCUAACUUUAAGAAUAUAUUCAGUAUUAUAUCAGAUUAUGAAUCAAAGACUGUAAAUAAAAUAAAUUUGGCGAAUGGACCAAAAGAAUGCACUGUUCAGGAAAAUGCUGGAGAUAAUAAAGAGUCAACUUUAAAGUUACAUAUAUCUUUACCCAAGUUGUGGAAAAAUGAUACAUAUCAAAAUAAAGAAAACUCUGAAGAUGAACCAACUGGAAGUUAUGAAACAGACAGUGACGAUGAUAAUAUCACCAGUUCAAAUAAUGAAAAUGAUUCUGAAUAUGAAGAAAAUAAUGAACAAGAUAUUUGUGAGUCCUACAGGAUUGUUCAAAGAUAUUAUAUUGACAGGUGCACUGGAAAAACUCUACAAAAACUCCUUUUGAGGGUGAAAGAAAGAAAAACAUACACAGACCAUGAAUUGGACGAUGAUGAAAUUGAGGGCAAAAGAUCAUACAAGAUUGAAGAUAAACUCACAUCAGACAAGUAUAACAAAGACUAUGUGAAAAAGCUUCAUGGCGAAGAAUUCAACUUGAGGUACCUACAAGAGAAUGGGUUACAGUAUCCAAUCUUGUUUGCAGAGAAGAAUGGGCUUGGUCUAAGAGUUCCAAGUGAUAAUUUCAAAGUCUGCGAUGUGAAAGCAUGUGUUGGAUCACGCAGAAUGUUGGAUGUUAUGGAUGUAAACACACAGAAGGGUCUUGAAAUGACAAUGAAGGAAUGGGUUAAGUACUACGAAAACACAGAGAGGGACCGUCUCCUCAAUGUUAUAAGUCUGGAGUUCAGUCACACAAAGCUAGAAAACUAUGUGGAAUCACCUAACCUGGUACGUGAAGUAGACUGGGUGGAUACAGCGUGGCCUCAGCAUCUCAAAGAUUGUCAGACAGAAUCAACAAAUGCCAUUGAUAAGAUGAAGUACCCGAAAGUACAGAAGUACUGUCUGAUGAGUGUGGCGGGGUGUUACACAGAUUUCCACAUUGAUUUUGGCGGAACUUCUGUAUGGUACCAUAUCCUGCAUGGAGAAAAGAUUUUCUGGUUAAUUCCUCCCACUGAUAAAAAUCUGGCAAAGUACGAGAACUGGGUGCUGUCAGGAAAACAAGGCGAUGCAUUUUUAGCGGAUUCCAUUGAGGAGUGUCAGAUGAUUCAGCUUGUGGCUGGGAAUACUUUCAUCAUUCCAUCAGGAUGGAUUCACGCAGUGUUUACACCAAAAGAUUCUUUGGUUUUUGGCGGGAAUUUCCUACACAGCUUCAAUAUGGUCAACCAGCUCAAAGUGUCAUCCAUCGAAGAUAAAACACAUGUACCAAUGAAAUUCCGCUACCCGUUCUAUGCAGAGAUCAACUGGUAUGUUCUAGAACGUUAUGUACACUCGUUGACUGGCGUGACGUACCUAGAGAAACCACAGCUCAAUGAGGAUCUUGAAGUCAUCAACACCAAGGUAGAGAGAGAUCAGGCUAACUUUGAACUGCUGGAAGAAAAACUAAAUAAGAGGCUGUCUGUGUCACUGACAAGGAUAGACGACACCUCCCCGGGACGUAAAUCAACCAGUGAUGAUGAUAGUACAGCUUCUGGACCAACCAGAUCACCAGGUCAAGCUUCUUCACUACCCAGAACAGGAAGGAAGUCUUCCUCAGAGAGUGCUAAUUCCUUGGAUUUGAAAUCAGUCGAUAAACCGGAAAUUAUGAAAGUGCCGUACAAAAGUCCGGUGAAGAAGAAAACAAAAUACGUACACCUGACUAAAUAUGAACUGGAGGGUCUGAUAGAAGUGCUAGCAUGGGUAGAAAGUUUGCCUCCUAGUAAGAAAGGGAUUCCAAAGGAUCUGAUUGACCCAGAUACGGUGCUUAGGGAAGUCAGGCAUUUGAUCCAGGAGCAUAUGAAAGACAAUCCAGAACUUGCUAUAACAGGAGAACCAGUCUUGGAAUGGACAAAGGCAACUAAGAAACUGAUCAAAUUAAAGCAGAAAGCCAAGACAGCCAAAUUGCUAGGUACACACUGUGUACCAAAGGUAAAGGCAGCUGGCGGGAAGAAUGCAGCAGGGAACCGACACCGCCGUGUACGCUGUAAGAAGUGCGAACCUUGUACUAGGGAUGACUGUAUGGAGUGUAAUUUCUGUAAAGAUAUGCGGAAAUAUGGGGGACCUGGACGUGCCAAACAGUCGUGUAUCAGUAGACAGUGUCUGGCUCCUAUUCUACCAAAGGGAAUUGUGUGUCUGAUUUGUAAAAUGCCUCAGUGUCUGUUAGACAAACCAGUGAAGACAGACGGAGCUGUUGACGAUGAUGCGGAGGACUAUUCCUCGUCGUUGAUGGAGUGUGGGAUAUGUUGGGAGAUCGUUCACCCGCUGUGUCUCCGUAAGAAGAAUGAAAACCUGAACAAUGAUGGAGUGCUGAAUGAAGAUCUUCCCAACAGCUGGAAGUGCUCAAAGUGCUGUUUUGAUGGCAAAGAAGGAAAACUUAUGGCAAGAGUAUUCAAGGGAGGUUGGAGACCAACUCCAGCGAGUACCCCACCUCCUCUGUCAGUGUCCCCUCCCCUACAGCCCCAGAGUCCAGUAGGUAGCCCAGGAGUGUUUGUUUCAGAAGGGAAACGUGUCACACUAAACCAGGGAAUAGAUAGUAAGAAGACAAUGCCGAAGUUGUCGCCAAGCCCAGAACAUAGAGAGAUAGAUAUAAAACCAUUGAAUGGUUCAACAAGCAGUCAUACUGAAGAUACCCUUCCAUCAUCAUUGGCACCAGUUCCAUUGAAGGCUGAGAUGUUGGAUGAUGAGAAGACACAUGUCAAGAUGGAAGUUACUAAUACACUUCCUCUGAAGAAUGAACCUGCUGAAGAAAACUUUAAAACUUACUCUAAAAGAAGCUCUUCACCUCUCGAGGAGAAUCCUAUGAAAAAGAAGAGGAACAUAUCACCAUCCCCAAGUCGAGCUUCCAAGUCUUCCAGGGUUUCUGGCAUGCCCAAAUUAUCUCCAGGUUCCGGUAGAAAAUCAGCGAAAACUGCAACACCGGAUUUAUCAUCCAAACGUUCAAAACGCGAGACAACCCCAAGAUCUGGGACUCGAUGUACAUACGAUUUUGAUGACGAUGAAGAAUUCAUGGACAUUUCUGCACCCUUGCCAGACAAGGGCAAAGGGAAGGGCGUCAAAGGUCGUAAAAAUCUUCAUCUCAAAACUAAAGACUUUGGUGCAAAUUUGGCCUCAAAUGUGAAAAACAAAUCUCAUACGCAAACUGUUGAACCAAAACCAGAAGACCGUGGCCAUCUUACAAAAAAAUCAUCUGAAAAAUUGUGCAGUGAACAGCUUAGACAGACUCUGAUCUCACAUAUCGAAAAGCGCAAUCUUCCGAUAAUAAAGCCGCAGUUUGUAGUUAGGCCUGCUCCCAUAUCUCCUCCAGAUGAUUACUGUGUUAUGAACAAUGGUCAGAAACACCCCCUUUCGCGUAAAUUAUGGACAUAUAUUUUCAGCUUCCUUCCAUGUGCCGAUUUGGCACGUUGCCAAGCUGUUUGUCAGAUAUGGAACAGAUGGUGUAUUAAUCCUGACCUCUGGAAGAAAAUAGAUCUGAGUAAAAAAAGGAUUGUUCAGACCCAUUUGAUGGGCAUUGUUCGGCGACAGCCGGAAUAUCUGGACCUUAGUGCAGUGAUAAUGACACAAAAGCAAAUUUUAUGGUUACUUGAAAGAAUUCCUUUGUUGAAAACAUUAAUCGUAUCAAAAUGUUCUUGGGCGACGAUAAGCGGACUCUGCAUGUCAGCAUGCCCCUUGCUUUACAAACUUGACGUUAGUUGGGCUACUGGUCUGAAUGACAGAUGUUUUGAGGAUCUCAUUUCUCCACCUGUUGACCGGAAACCGGCUGUGAAAAAUAUCAGCCGUCUGCAUCGAUUGAAGUCUGUACAUUUGUCUGGAACAGAGAUCACUGAUGUAUCACUUGAGCUAAUGACAUUACAUCUGGCGCAACUUGAGGAAUUGAAUAUCAGUUAUUGUACAAGAAUAACAGAUCGGGGAAUCCAGAUUUUGGCAAGUAGCAAAUCACCGACACAAGAUUCCUUGAAAGUAUUAAACAUUUCCGGUUGCCGGGGGCUUACAGAGGUCAGUUUGGACGCUAUAAAGAAUUUCAGCAAGUUGAAGGAACUGUUUGCUAUGAACUGCAUCAGAAUCCCUACAGAAAGGUGCAGAUCUCUCCGCCACCCGCGCUUGAAAACAUUCAGAUUUUAGCACAUUAUAAGACUCCCUGUGCUUGUAAAUAUUUUGGAAGUGCUCACAAAUCUGUAGAUUUUUUCCCAGGGUAUAUUUAUUUCUUGUAUCUGUAAAUAUCGGGAAUAGUUACGUUUAAACAUAGAUGUGCUGUAAUAUGUCUAACUCAAACCCUUCCGAUAUAAUUCUAUUUUGAAAUUUGGCAGUUUGUAAUUUUGUAUGUUUAUUUCAUCAGAUAUAGAGUUGUUUGCAUUAAAUUAAAGUAGUUCUACAUGUUUGAUUAACCAGAAGUGAUGAUGUAACAUCAUUUAUCUGGAAAAUCUAGAAUAAUAAUUAGUAGUUGUUAUAUAGGUAGCAAAAAUGUUGCCAAGAAUCUGUUAAAUUCUGCGUAUUAACUGUUCAGUCAGUGCUUCUGUCUUUCUUGAGGUUAUUGUUGACAGUUAAUAGAUUUUGGUGUAAGAUAGAUCAGAAUCAUAACAUAGAAUAUAUAGCAGCAAUGAAAGGACUCCAGCUGUUAUUAGAUGAAUUGAGAAAAAUUAAGUGCAGAGACCUAUACAAUUUUCAGUCAUUUGAUUGAAAAUAGCCAAGUCUACUACAGUAACUAUGAAAAGGUUCAUUAACCCUUAGCCUGCUGGCAGCAAGUGAUUCUGCCUUUGCGACCAAUGCAGACAAAGAUCAGCCUGCACAUUAGUGCAGUCUGAUCAUGGUCUGCACUAUUCGCCAUUCAGUCAGUAUCUUUUUGGUAUGCACCCCUUUUAACAGUUAAUGGUACUGUCCAAAUUGAAUGAUGGACAAGUUUAUUGUAGAAAUUAAGCAGGGUAAGGGUUAAAAUCUACUUUGUACAACAGUAUCUGUGUGCGAAAAUGUCAUCAGAAGUGUGGUUUUCCCUUUAAAGCCCAUUCUAAAAGUUUACAGGAGGACCAAUUCUUUCAAGUCAGUAAAACAAAACAUUCAUGCAUAAUUAUGACUUUUUUUUUAUUGGGGAAAAAUUAUGCUCUGAAAAAAAAAACAACAUAUGGUUAAAAUUUUAUUUUGUAGAAUAUUUGUUUCAAACAUGUAGAACUACCUUAAAGAAUUAAGGUAUCAUUUAUCAUCUUUGUAAAUAAAAUAAAGGCAAAGGUCCUCGGAGUCAUGUGGUAGUAUUUCACAGCUUGUGUUUAGUGAAGGUUUUCUCUGGUUUGUAGUUGUCAGUGUUGACAGCAUGUAAUCUGAUUACAGUUAUGAAAGAAGCCUUCUUAUUUAAGUGAACAUUGACCCUCAAGAUUUAGAACUUACAAUAUUCAACAAUUUCAUCAGUAACAAUUCUUUCUUGCCGUUGUAAUUGUCUGGCUUGAUAACAGAAGGCAGUUGAGUAUAGUUGAAAUAGUGCGAACAGAUUGUGGGUUGGGCUAUUCAGGGGUCAGGUUUCAGUCAUUCAGUCAGUCUGAUACAAAUAACUGUGGUACUAACUACUUUGGAUUCCAGUGAAACUUUGUACACAUUAUUGCCACGAGUAUAGAUGUGCAGGACAUACUUUGUUAUAACAGUCAGUUGGAGGUAUGGCAGAGUUAUGUGCCCUUGGAUUUUUUUCCACUGACGAAGCUUUUAAUCAGUGAUAGCUCUAAGUUAAGAGUAUAUUAUGCACUUACAACAUGAAGUUGUAUAAGUGUUAUAACCUUUCUGUCCAAAACAGAAUGUCCAUGAAUUCCAUUGUUGUUUUUUUACUUUUUUUGUUGCUGUUUGUUUUCUUAUUUUUUUUUAAGAUUUGUUCUCUAAUGCAAAAUGCUGCAUAAAUCUUUUUUUUUUUUUGCAUGUAAAGAAGAGUUGCAAGUUUCACAUGAAUUGUGGCAAAUGUGGAUUAAAUGAUGUAAGAAUCUACUGGUACCCUAGAUCUGCUGUGGCUGCUGUUGUUCAUUACAUUUGUGUAUUUUUAAACGCCCAUUCUAUUUUAAGGUAGGGGAAAUAUAUCAGAUAUAAUGUAGAUUAUUAUGCCCCUUGGAAGAAGAGUGGGUAUAUUGUUCUGCUUACUGUCUAUCUAUGGACCCUUUGGUUUUCGAUCAAUAAAUAGAGAAUGCUUGGUCUCACAAUGGUUAAAUUUCACAGGAUGAUUGUCUGCUCGGUCUCACAAUGGUUAAAUUUCACAGGAUGAUUGUGGGUUCGGUCUCACAAUGGUUAAAUUUCACAGGAUGAUUGUGGGUUCGGUCUCACAAUGGUUAAAUUUCACAGGAUGAUUGUCCCCUUGGUCUCACAAUGGUUAAAUUUCACAGGAUGAUUGUCCGCUCGGUCUCACAAUGGUUAAAUUUCACAGGAUGAUUGUCCCCUUGGUCUCACAAUGGUUAAAUUUCACAGGAUGAUUGUUGGCUCGGUCUCGCAAUGGUUAAAUUUCACAGGAUGAUUGUGUGUUCGGUCUCACAAUGGUUAAAUUUCACAGGAUGAUUGUCCCCUUGGUCUCACAAUGGUUAAAUUUCACAGGAUGAUUGUCCGCUCGGUCUCACAAUGGUUAAAUUUCACAGGAUGAUUGUCGGGAUCCUUGGGUCUGGAGUUCAAUAAUGGGGAGAGGCAUAUGUUCUCUGUGACGAUUUGAUAAUAGGCCUUUUGUGAGGAGUCGUUUCAUCCUCCACCACUUCAUCAUGUGGAGAUCUUUGUAUUUACUUUUGGAGAAACAGAGUUACAGUUAAAAAAAGGGCGCUGAAUGCAAAACAGAAACAGAAAUACAGAUUAAGAUGAUGGUCUGUGGUCAGUAGAUGACCUAUAUUGUUUUGGGGUCUGUAGGUCAAAGUUCAAGGUCAGGUAAAAGCAAUUUCUUCUUUAAAAUAAAAACAUUUGUGCGAAAUGCCUUUUAACUUGUUGCCUGUGGUCAAUAGAUGACCUCUGUUUUGGUAGUCAAAGGUCAAGUUCAGAGUGACCUCAAAAGUAAAAAUGGUUUCUGAUCAAUAUCUGCAGCCCUGCAGCACUUCUGGGCUUUAAAAUUUCAUAGAAUUCUUGCCUGUGGUCAGGAAAUGACUCCAGUGGUUUCGGGGUCAGUACCUCAACGGUUAAGGUCACAGUAACUUUGAGACUGAAAAUGGUUUCUGGUCAGUUAUUGGAGAAAGCUUGCACCUCUUGUUGUCAAUUUUCAUUGGAAGGUUGUCUAUAGAAAGUACAUAGUACCUGUCAACAUAUGGGAGCAUUUUGUGUUUUACCAUCAGCUCUUAAUUGUUAUGUUCUUAUUUAGUUUAUUGAAAAUGUACAAAGACAUUAUUAUCCUAUUAAUUUAGAAAGUGAAAAAACAUGUGUUAAAGCAAAUGUUGCUUGUGUAAAAUAAAGUUCAAAGAUAC